AUGGUGGCCUACAACAACAAACAGUAUUAUAUUGAUGUUGUUGAAACAAAGCCUGCUUCAGCAGUUUGCAUUAUUGAGACAGACUGUGAAGUGGACUUUGCACCUCCUCUUGAUUAUAAAGAACCUGAGAAACCACCGCAACCAACAGUUCCUGCAAGCAGCAAGGCACCUGCGGCUGAAGUUGGCAAUACUACUGUAGUGGAGGAUGAACCGAAAUUCAAACCAUUUACUGGUUCUGGAAAGCGGUUGGAUGGAAAGGCCUCAAAACUGCAAGCAUCUGAUCAGGUUCCUUCCACUGCACCUUCAGGUUCAAACAAGAGAGCAAAUCAGCAAAUCUCUGCACCGGCAGCUUCAGUAGCUAGCAAUUACAGUCGACAGAAAACUGGAAAGCUUGUUUUCGGCUCAAGUGCAAGCAACAAUAAGGAACUACAAAAGGCUCCUGUUAAAGAGGAGGAACCCGCGAAGAAGGACGAGCCCAGGUUCCAAGCGUUCAGUGGGAAGAGCUCCUCGUUGAAACGUUAG